GCAGACAGCAAUGACAGCUUUGACUACGACUACAAGAGCUUGAGUGAUGCAGAUGACGAGGAAUGGACCGUACCGAAGGAUGGAGGCCAGAACACUGGGUAUGACCAGGCGCGCGACGAAGUGCUGGCGCAAAGACAUCGAGAAUAUCUCCAAAGCCAGCUCAGAGAUCUCCCCAACUACCUAAUGCAGCAGCAGCAGUUUGUGCCGUUCGUACCACCUGGUCUCAUGCCAGAAGCAUACGCAACAGGCAGCUACCUCCACUACCCAAUGCCGCAUGUGGGAUAUCUCGCGCCUCCAUCGGUGCUCUCAAUACCGCCAUGGCACGGAGGUAUGAUAGCUCUAUCUUCGAUCCCAAACAACGCACCAUCGACAGGUCCUGACGCCUCCUCACCGCAGCUCUUGCCAGCGUUCAUACCCAAAGAUGCAGACAAGCAAACCGCCCCUGCAUCGCUACCCCAGCGUCCGGCAACGCCGCCACCUACGCCGCCUUUACACCCGCUGCCGCCCCGCCCAACGCCGCCUUUCAUCGUUGGUAGUAUAACGGAUGCGUAUCUGAGGAUGGAGGCAGCAAAGAGGAGGCAUAUGAGAGAGCGUGUAAGGCGCCAGUGGUCUUCGCUGCAAGAUGCUCUGCCUGCUAGGAGAAUGGCACUCACGGAUUUCAUGGUCAAGAAGAAGACUCAGAGAGGUCACCACAAGGAGGUCGGCACGCCGGAAGACAUGGGAGUGGAUGCAUGGGCGAGCCUGCCUUUUGCGGGCGAGGAGGCGGACACAGAGUGCGGAGCGGAGAAGCGUGCAGAGACUGCAGGAGUUGAGAAGGCGACUUGUAGAUUUUCAUGCAGACUGGUUACACUGAUGUAGGCGAGUACACGUACAAUGCUCGGUUGGUGUUCGCGCAUAUGCAUCACACGCGGAUCUAGCCGUGGACUGGGAGUGACACCA